AUGGUAGCCGUGCGGCCGAUCUCCAAUUCUAAUUUCAAGUUCAAUGGACGCACCACUCAGCCCGGCGAAGAGGACAAUGGGUGCCGGAAUCGGUGUGAAAGAAAGAGCGUUUCUGCUUCGUUCUGUUUGAAUUGUUCGGUCGGGCACGUGCUGGCAGGCGAGCUGGGGCGGGGGGGGGCGCGCCGGGAGACGAGGAGUGUCUGUCUCUUCCCCCUCGCCAUUAUCACCCCAGCUGUUAAUGUCAAAUCAAACGCCCACCUCACCCUCUGUCCCGCUCCCCCCCCUCCUCCUCCCCUGGGUCUCCGGCAGGGCGACGCUGCAGAGAUGAGCACGGUCUGGUCCCCGACUUUCAGCCUGCGGCCCUCCCCCGCCCCCCCCAUCGGGAAGAAGAUCCUGCUGCUCCCGAAGAAGCGCUGUGAUGUCCCAGCUGUCGCUGCUGCGCGUCGGGAGCCUGGGAGAGGCACCGCGGCCGGUGUGCGCGGCAGUGUGAGGACGGCCAGUCACGGGCACGGAGUGGCGAAGCAGGCGGACAUGUCUCUGCCCAUGUACUGGGACCGCCGGGACACCCCGCUGCCGGAUGUCCCGUACCAGCGAGAGCUGAGCGGGCCGCAGGAGAGCCUGAAGCUGAAGGAGAGAGGGUCGUGGAAGGAGCUCACCCGGGAGGAGCAGAUCGCCUUGUACCGCAUGAUGUUCAAGCAGAGCUACGCGGAGAUGAAGAAGCCGUCGAACGAGUGGAAGACGGUGGUGGGGGGUGUCUUCAUCUUCAUCGGGAUUACCAGCCUGGUGGUGUGGUGGCAGCGCGUCUUUGUGUACCCCCCCCGGCCGCACACCCUGACCGACGAAUGGAAGGCCAUGCAGGCCAAGAGGAUGAUCGACAUGCGGGUCAACCCGGUGGAGGGCCUCUCCGCCAAGUGGGACUACGAGAGGAAGGAGUGGAAGAAGUAGGAGAGGCGAGGCGAGGCCGGGACGAAGGGCCAGCGGGUCACCCUCUCGUCGGCCUGCCCGGAUGAGCACUCUGCCCUCCCUCCUGCGAGCCACCGGCCCCUCCAUCCUGUCCUUCACACCUCCCACACUCGGGGAGGGAAAACCCCUCCUGCUUGCCCGGCGCUGCGGCAGGGCGCCACUGCGCGCCUCUCGCUUCUAGGAAACGAAACAAGCCUGCAGAAGGUAGAGCCGGUUAGCUUCACCUGAGAUGCACCCACGUUUUUUCCAACGGGAGCCAGGAUUUGUUUGAUCAAGUUCCGAGGCAGUGCGGAUGGGAAAAUCGGGGAAAGUCCGUUGUGGUGGGAUUCCCCUUGCACACUUCUGUUUCCUUUUGAUAUGCACUGUCUGAAUCGAAAUAAAAAUCUUGAAUCGUG